GUCCGUUUCUUGUCUCUGUCGGGCCCCGCGGGUGCAUGCGCAACCGCUCCGGGCAAGACACACGUUUCCAUUGUUGCUGGUGUUUUGCGACGAUUUCACCAGAAUCAUCGAUCCAUGGAGGGCACUGUGUCUUUGUAUGCUUGAGGCCAUUCAGACGACUUUUUUUUUAUUUUGUGGGGCGGGUUCGAGUACACUCACUGUCGUCCUCCCCUACCUUCUUUCGACGCUGUCUAGUUUCAUCGCGCUGUGUCUCCGUCGUGUGCGGCGAUGGCGUCUCUCUGUCUCCACCGGAAGACUUCACAGUGUAUCCGGGAGAGAAGUUUGAGACAGACAACACUUUGUUGCGGCCGGCGCAUGAGUGGUUUUCGCUGUUCUCCAGCAGAACCGCCGUGUUGCGGAGCUUCCGGACAUGCGCCGGAAGCUGCUGCCGCAUCAAAAAUGGAUGUUUCACGGAAACAGUUUCACGCCGCCGACAUCCCAAUGAGUUCCCCUUUUCUGCGCCAUUCGUCAAGAUGGCCAUCCGCUUUCUCCGUUCCUCCACUUAUCCUUGUUCUGCUGCUUACCGCCCUUCUUAGCCUGGUCGCUCCUUUUUUUUCCUGUUCGUCUGACACCACUGCCGCCAUCCCAUCGUCUAUCAGCAGCGUCCUGUUGCCUGGUUUGGUCACUGCUGCCGAUGGUCUUCGUUUGUACACGGCUCCAGCAGCAACUUCUCUCUCGUCUUUCGCUCUCCCUUCCUACCGGUCGGUUAACUCUUAUCAACAUUCGUCGUCGAGCACCUUGAGUUCACCAGCUUUCUCCGCCGCUUUUAACAGGAGAAAAUAUGGGGGAUGCUUGGGGGCCGCGUUGUUCGAUGCCACUGGUCCUAACGUUCUUGAUAUGUUCACACCCUCUGUUACUUCUCUAUCCCCUUGUUCGCAUCCGGAGGUCGGUCAAAGCUCUGCUGAACACGAAGCUGAAGUAUCGACCGCCCGUUCUCCUUUACUGACAAGAUCGAUUUUUCAAAAAGGUGUCGCGCGCUUUGAAGUGCAGGAGCAAAGUCGCACAUUCAGUCCUGUCCAGAAGGCAUCCGUAGAGGCACGCGAGGCGUCUCAUGUUCCAAUUCUCCCGCUUCUGAAAUCUCUCUGUGGAAAUCUCCCUCUCCCCUUCUCGUCCGAUGACGUCCAGAAGGACGGAAUGACGGGUGGAGGUUCGGACGCACGUGAGGAUGGGGAGAGUCCUGAGGGGAAAGAACAAGGUAGCGACGGCGACUCGCCUUCAGGAACCCCACUAACGGAGGAGACUCUCGGUAUUCCGUGCACUCACCUCGUCCAUCCGCUGUAUAUUCACGAUGCUGUUGGAAAAAGAGUGGGUAUUCGGGCUUCUGUCGACGCAGCGGUCGGACUGGCUGCUUCAGACUUUCUUGGGCGUAUCGCGAAGAUGACGGAAGCGUUGCAGAAUUUGAGUGAAACGCUCCUUCGCAAAGGUUUGGGACAAGACAGCGGCGGAAGCGAGCGGGAGAAGCACGGCAACAAAUCGGAAAAGGAAGGGAGCGUGUUCCUGUCGUUGGCGAGCCUGAAGCUCCCUCUGGAGGGUUCGACUGCCUCAGAUAUCAUCGACGCAGCGCGACAGAGAUUUCGAGCUGUAGCCACCUCCUCGAUUGCCAAGUCUGCAAGGAGUGCUGAGUCUUCGCAGCCCCCGCAGGAAACUGAAGUGGCAGCUGCUAUGGCGGAGGGAGAACAGCGGCUGGAGUCGAUCCUCGAUUCCUCUCUCCGGGCAGUGUUUCAACAGCAAAUGAGCCUUCUGCUUCUGCACAUACUGCAAAGGGUCAAUUCGUCCACGUCUGCUUCGGUAGGUUUCGCCGGAGAGAAAUCCACACUGCGACCCCAGGCUUCCCCGAGCUCAUUUGAUAAGCAGAACGCGCUUUCGCCUUCAGCCCAAUGGAUGCAGGAAUUUGAGGCCCUGCUCAGACGUGCGGUUCCUAAUGUGGAUCAGAGACGGCGGUGGGGGGCGAACACUCUGCGGGCGCAGCUGCAGAAACACCUUGCGGAUUGGGAAAGAGAGCGUGAUGCCGAGAACAGCAAAGAAAUUCGUCGAACGCGAAGUCAGCAGGCUCUCCUCCAAGUUCUUCAAAGACAGCAAGAACAGGUGGAACAGCUUCAACAACACAUCCAGCAAUCUCAGCAGCCUACGCCAUUCUCUUUCGGCGCAGCCUACCGGGUACCUGACACCAAUCUUCAGCUAGCUGCGGCUGCUAGACAAGGGAAACUACACGUCAAUGUCAGUUGUCUCCCUGAUGAAGCAGCAGCCGCUGGAGCAGCUGGAGGCAUUCUGGGAAACCAGGGCUUUGUCAAGGGUGUUGAGGCAGCCGGUAAUUUGGGGCUCAGCGUAAACUUUGGUAUGUAGUGCCAGAAGGGAAUGCGAAACACAAAUAAAAAGGCGACCGUGGGUCCACACGUAAUAUGCGACGAAACAUGUCGUGGGAGCAACCUGAAACGAGACACGGUAUCGGACAGUUGAUUGUGGAAGCAGAACGUUACACGAGAGCCAGGCCGUUGAAAUGUUCCAAGCACAACGAAGCAAACUGAAGGCGGACAACAGAAUGUAAAAAGGUCAGAUUGGAUGCAGCAAAAUGAAGCCUGAUAUGUUUUAUGCAAGGAUAACUUGGAUGGUUUUGAAGCGUGAUGUCGAUUGAAGGGCGCCAUUCUUUCGCCAGAGAUAGAUUAUCUAAAGUCAUGCUUUCUCGAUGUCCGAAGACAUUUGGCCUUCGGCGUGAGCUGGCUUCUGAGUUGGUCUGCUUUUGACACCAUUUCGGCUGUUUGUGGAGGAACCGUGGUAUGGGUGUAUACAGUAUCGCUUGAAACUUUUGGAUGAGGGCGGGGACGCUACGGCGAUGUCUGUUGUAGCCAGUUGGUGGUAUCCGCUUCCAUAUCCGAAAGAACAGGAGAUGGUUGUUGGAGUGUUUCUGCUCCAUCACUGGAGAGUGCUCUAUAUCUUUAGAGGACGUGUUUCUGAGGAAUGAGCCUUUGGAUGUCUUGCCCCCUCUUCCACACACAUAUUUCUGUCGAGAGCUGCGGGAGGGAGGCGUCAUACAAAAGAAGCGUUUUGAUGUAUAACGUAAGCCUGCGAAUUAUUUGUUAGCCAGGCCACCAGAAGCUUCAUCCCCCUUUCACGGAAAAGAGGAGUCACACUCUGUGUUCAUGCUAAGCAGAGCGCGACAGCAGAAGACGCACAAUGAACAGUAAUCGACUACCUGUUUGACCG